CUUACUCAAACAUAAAAAAGAUGGCCAAAGGUUUCAAGGAAAAAUUGGGUGAAGGAGGCUAUGGCUCUGUAUACAAGGCAAAGCUUCGUAGCGGUCACCUUGUUGCCAUCAAGAUGUUGGGGAGUUAUCUCUUUGAAUUGUGAGAAAAUGUUUGAAAUUGCGCUUGGAGUGGCUCGUGGUAUUGAAUAUCUGCACAGAGGAUGUGAAAUGCAAAUUCUGCACUUUGACAUCAAACCUCAUAACAUUCUUCUUGACGAGAAUUUUCUUCCCAAGGUGUCUGAUUUUGGAUUAGCAAGGCUAUGCCCGCUCGAUAAUAGCAUUGUAUCUUUAACAGCAGCAAGAGGAACUCUCGGAUACAUAGCACCAGAGUUAUUCUAUAAAAAUAUUGGAGGUAUUUCAUACAAAGCUGAUGUCUAUAGUUUUGGAAUGUUGUUGAUGGAAAUGGCUGGCAAAAGAAAGAAUUUAAAUGCAACCAUAGAGAAGUCAAGCCAAAUAUACUUUCCAACAUGGGUUUUUGACCAAUUGAGUGAAGGAAAGGACAUAAAAGUUGGAGACGCCACAGAGGAGGAAGAGAAGAUCAUAAAGAAGAUGAUCAUUGUGGCAUUGUGGUGCAUACAAAUGAAGCCUAGUGACCGUCCUUCUAUGAAUAAAGUAGUUGAGAUGCUUGAAGGAGAAAUUGAGAGCCUUGAAAUGCCUCCAAAGCCUUUUUUGUAUCCACAACAAAUGCCAGAAGUGGUUCCUGGGGACAAUUCAAGUACCACAAGUGCAUCAACAGUUACAAAUUCUACAGAAAUUGUUUUGAUUGCUGAUGCGAAUCAAACAAUGUAAUAUAUAGCAAUCUUGAUGUGCAAGGGAGAUUACGUAAUGAAUAAGCACAAUUAGACAUUUGGAAGGAAAUAAAUUGUAGGAUUUUCAAACGCUUCUUGCCCCCUUGUUGUAACACUCAAAUUGUAGGAUUUUCAGUAAUUGCAAAAUUCUAUUAGGUA